CUACGUGCCAAAGAAGACAGCACUGAGCAAAGACUGUGGCGGUCUUAUGCUAUACCAGAACCUCCAGUCUAUCCUCGAUGUUCAAGACUUUUGCAAUAAGGAAUUUGGGGACUGUAUUGGUGAGAGCUUCUACUCAACGGAGAGGUUUCCAGUCAUUCCACCCUUUGGACUCCCCGAACUGACUGGUCUCAUAUCGAGCUGGCGAAACAAG